UCGCAGCAGGAAAAUUCACGUGUAGGUCAGCCUGGGACUCUAUUUACCUCCUUACAGUCUGCUAAUCUAGAGCAGUGUUACAUUUAUCUUCACGGAAGACAGAAAUUUUCUUCAUCUCUGAUUUUAACAGGAGAGAUGAAACACAGUCACAGUGUCCCAGCUUUUGUCAGCAAACUUUGGGCACUUGUAGAGGCUCAGUCAACGAACGACUUGAUCUGCUGGAGCCAAGAUGGCAGCAGUUUUCUUGUCCAGGAUGAACAGCGGUUUAGCAGGGAAGUCCUGCCUCUUUACUUCAAACAUAGCAACAUGACCAGCUUUGUGCGCCAGCUUAACAUGUAUGGCUUCCACAAAGUGGUGCAUGUGGAUGCUGGCUUGCCUAAAGCUGACAGGCAGGUAAAUUGUGUUGAAUUUCAGCACGAAGACUUCCAGAGAGCUCAGCCUCAUCUGUUGGACCUCAUCCGCAGGAAGAUUUCAGUUAGCCGUGGAGUUGAAGAGGGAGGGCAGUUCUCUCAGUUACUCGUUCAGGUUAGUCAUGUCAGAGGCUGGCAAGACUCCUCAGACCUCAAACUCAUGGCUUUGUGCAGGGAUAACGAAAGUUUGUGGAGAGAACUGGACUCAUUAAGACAGAACUAUCAGCAGCAGCACAAAAUCCUACGCAAGAUUAUUAAGUUCAUCAUCAACAUCGUCCAAUCAAAUGGGAUCAAAGGUUGCAAAAGGAGACUCCCCAUGAUCAACAAUUCUGGCGAUUUUCAGUCUGCACCGAAAUAUGCCCGCUCCUUCAGUGUGAAUCCCACCCUAAGCACUUCCUCCCUCCAAGAGAUCCCUUCGUUGCAAGAGCUGGAUGUGUCACCCGCUGAUGUGUACUCAAAUGGUAUGAUCAUCUCUGACAUCACCCACCUGUUGGAUCAAACACCUGAGCCUAGCAAAGAGCCUGUGACAGAAAGCCUUCCUGUAACUCUCCCCACAUUCUUAUCUCCCGCCUCCCCGACUCUGCCCUCCAUGGAGCUGGCGUUGUCUUUGCUGGAUGACCCAGCUGUCCAGGUGUCUGAGGAAACACCUGAGGAAAGAAAUUAUGUGUCUGAUCCACUGGCGCUAAUCGACUCCAGUUUAGCAGCAAUCCGCUCCUGCUCUCCACCCUCACCAGACCUGGACAAUUUCAGCAAGAUCCUUAGUCCUGGCUGUCAAGUCUCUACUGUUCAAGACUCCGUCACAGAAACCAAGAUCAAACAGAGAAGCCAGAAUGAAGCUGAUACAACACCUCACACCGACACAGUUGUACAGCAGAGAAGCCUGCAACAAAAUGCAGACUCCGAGCAGGAGCGCUAUGAUGGUGGAGAAACUGGAGAGUAUUCGGAUAUUUUACAAUCCCUGCUGCAGCUGGCACAGGAAGCGUCCAGCCUCUCCUUCAGUAACACUACACUGCCCUUAGAGCUCUCUUUUGUCAUUUAAAAUUCUAGUGCAUAGAUUGCUUUAUAUUGUGAUAUGAUGUUUUAUUAACAAAGUUCAGGAGGAACACGUUCAAAUUGCUUAUCCAUUCAGUACUAGAGGAGGCAUAAAUAUAUAUAUGGCCACCUAUGUUCCUCGACAGUUUUCUGAAUCCCUUCGCCAUCCUGACUCCUCACACUCGCCUGGUUACUAUCCUAACCAGAGACACGGGGGGAGUACUCUGGGUUCGGGCCAAAUUCCGAGCUCGGAGCCCUCUCCUUGGACAGCACGCCAAAUACGCAUACUGAUUAUUUGUAAGAGUGAACUUGUGAAAUGGUAGUUGAUAGAGAAAUUUGCUGUCUGAAAUGGUCGAGAGUUGAGAGUUCUGCUAUUUGAUGAAGGGUUCAGGGGAAAGUUACUUUUAAAAGUAAUGCAUUGCAAUAUUGUGUUACUCCCUAAAAAGUAACUGAUUGUGUUAGUUACUUUCUAUGAAAAGUAAUGUGUUACAUUACUUUUGCUUUACUUUUUCUCAUC